CGCGCCGCCUGUCCGAGCGUCCGUGUGAGGAAGGACCGACCGCCCGUCCGCCCGCCCGUCCGCCCGCCCGUGUGCCUGUGUGGGGGGCCCCGGCGGAGCAGCGGGAGAACACCGGACCCGCCGCCGCCGCCGGCUGUUUGGAACCCUGAGCUCGGAGAAGUUUUGUCUGCUCUUCGGUGAGAUCGUCUGCGUGGGGCCUACAGAUGGAUCCAGCGGGAAGCAAGCAAAAAUCCAGGAAGUUUCUGAAGAGCCUGGUGAGGAAGCAGCCCCAGGACCUGCUGCUGGUGAUGGGCACGGGGGUCAGCGCCGCCGUGGCCCCCGGGAUCCCGGCGCUCUGCUCCUGGAGGGGCUGCAUCGAGGCCGUCAUCGAGGCGGCCGACCAGCUGGAGGUCCUGCACCCUGGGGACGUGGCCGAGUUUCGGAAGAAAGUGGUCAAGGACCGGGACCUGCUCGUGGUCGCCCACGACCUGAUCCGGAAGAUGUCGCCGCGCACCGGAGACACCAAGCCCAACUUCUUCCAGGACUGCCUGAUGGAGGUGUUCGACAGCCUGGAGCAGCACAUCCGGGACCCCGGCGUGCUGCAGUCCAUCCUCAGCCUCAUGGAGAGGGGCACCAUGGUGCUCACCACCAACUACGACAACCUGCUGGAGAUUUUUGGCCAGCAGCAGAGCAAGCCGAUGGAAUCCUUGGACCUGAAGGAUAAGACCAAGGUCCUCCAGUGGGCGAGGGGACACAUGAAAUACGGCGUCCUCCAUAUCCACGGCUUGUACACCGACCCCUGCGGCCUGGUUUUGGACCCUUCCGGCUAUAAAGAUGUGACUCAGGACCCGGAAGUCAUGGAAGUGCUGCAGAACCUCUACCGGACCAAGUCGUUCCUGUUCAUGGGCUGCGGGGAGACGCUGCGGGACCAGAUCUUCCAGGCGCUCUUCCUCUACUCGGUGCCGGACCAGGUGGGCCUGGAGCACUACAUGGUGGUGCUCAAGGAGGACGAGGACCGCUUCUUCAAGCACCAGGCCGACAUGCUCCUGCACGGCAUCAAGGUGGUCUCCUACGGGGACUGCUUCGACCGCUUCCCCGAGUACGUGCGGGACCUGGCCUCGCACAUCUGCAGACAGCGAAGUCCGGAUACCGACCGCGUGGACAGCACGACGUUACUGGGGACUGCGUGCGUGGACUGCGCAAAGAGGAAGCGGGGAGAGGAUGGGAUCGAACUUGCCAAAAAAGCCAGAGAGGUGGACGACGAUGCCUCGGGACGGUCUUGAGCUCCUCGAGGAUGCCUCCGAGUCAGCCGCUCGAAAAGCCAACCUCGGGAAACCACGAGCGGGGGCGUCCGCGGGGACCCCUCCCGCGAUUCCCGACGGCGGCCGAGGCCGCCCGGCCCAGCUACCUCAGUCGGCGCUGCCCCUGGGCCGGCGGGGCCGGCCGCCCCCGCCCCCCAGCGCUCCUCGCCCUCUGCCUCCUCGCGGGGAGGGACGAGCCACUCGGGGGGGGGCGGGGGAGCAACAGCGCCGACUCUCGCGUUUCCAACCGCCUGUUACCAACUGGACUGUUUCAUUCCUCCGCCUUGUGAAAUAGAAAGUAAAAGAGUUAUCUACCUGAGGAA